AUGGCCUUACCUGUAAAGCCUAGCCCGUGGAGCAGUAAAUCUAUUCAAGGAGUACUGUUAGAUAUAUCAGGCGUUUUGUAUAACAACACGGAAGACGAUGUAGGUGUUGCCAUUGAUGGAUCUGUUGAAGCUGUGGAGAGGCUGAGAAAAUCUGGCCUUCCAGUUCGGUUUUGCACCAAUGAAACCCAGUGUACCAGAGAACAGCUGGUGAGAAAACUAAGUCGGUUAGGGUUUACCCUUGGUGUGUCAGAGGUGUUCCCACCAGCCCCUGCUGUGUGUCAAAUACUAAAGGAGAGAAACUUGAGGCCAUUUACUGUGAUACAUCCAUCAUGUGAUCCAGAGUUUGCUGAUAUUGAUCAAAAUGAUCCUAACUGUGUUGUACUGGGAGACGCCGCUAAAUAUUUCACAUUUGAAAAGGUCAAUAAAGCCUUUCAAACCUUGAUGUCACUGGAAAAGCCAGUAUUGAUCUCUAUGGGGCAGGGGAAAUACUACAAAGAAGCAGGUGGCUUGAAACUGGAUGUUGGAGCAUAUAUGAAGGCUUUAGAGUAUGCCUGUGAUGUUAAAGCCGAGAUAGUGGGGAAACCAUCACCAUCAUUUUUUAAUGCAGUGCUAAAAGACAUGGGUGUAGAUGCAUCCAAUGCUGUUAUGAUUGGUGAUGAUAUAGUGAAUGAUGUUGGAGGUGCCCAGGCCUGUGGUAUGAAAGGAAUUCAAGUGCGAACAGGAAAGUUCAGGCCCUCUGAUGAAAAUCACCCCACAGUUAAGCCAGAUAGUUAUGUUGACAACCUAGCAGCAGGAGUGGAUCUUUUACUUCAAAAUAGAUAGAACAUUCCUUGUUUAGAGCUUGUGCAUUUGAAAUUAGUUUUAUCGCAUGGAAAGAAUAUAAACUCAUAGGGGAAUUGUUCAGAGAAUUGUAGUGGCUUAUGCUUUAAAGACCUGUUACAAUAUACCUGCAUAUUUGGUUUUGUUAAGGGGACAUGUUGUGCAGUUUGCAUAGAGACAAUUUACCAAGGAUAUGCUCAUUUGCCAAUAAAAAUGACAGUAUGACAAUGGAGAGGAAAAACAACAUUGUGGGCAUUUUAUGAAAUAACUGCAAUUGAAUUUCUUAUUUUAUUUUUUUUUGCUUUUAAAAUACUUUACUUCCUUCCAGAUCGAAAUAAACCUUUUUAUGAAUAAUGUUGUACACUUAUGGACAUUGUUUAAUGAAACAAGU